AUGUUUCUAUUGGUUGAUCAAGAUGCCAAUCGCCGAGGCGGGCUUUCCAUUGGCUUCAGAGCGGGCGCUCCGAGGCUAGAGGGAAGGAGAAGGGAUCCGGAGCGGGAGCUGAGGGGAAAGAGGCCGGUCCGGGUCUGGGUGCUGCAGCUGCUCGCCCGAGGUCUGCAGGCCGGGCUGCGGCUCAGUCCUCGGCUCCUGGGCACAGUCUACGAGGCUCCGCCGGGCCAGCGUGGGAGAGCCGCAGGCGGCGGCCGCCGCAUCAUGUCAACCAAGGACGAGCGGGCCAGGGAGAUCCUGAGGGGCUUCAAACUAAAUUGGAUGAACCUUCGGGAUGCUGAGACAGGGAAGAUACUGUGGCAAGGAACAGAAGACCUGUCAGUCCCUGGAGUGGAGCAUGAAGCCCGUGUUCCCAAGAAAAUCCUCAAGUGCAAAGCAGUGUCUCGAGAAUUGAACUUCUCUUCAGCAAAGCAAAUGGAAAAAUUCCGCCUGGAACAAAAAGUUUUCUUCAAAGGGCAAUGCCUCGAAGAAUGGUUCUUCGAGUUUGGCUUUGUGAUCCCUAACUCCACAAACACCUGGCAGUCCCUGAUAGAGGCAGCGCCCGAGUCCCAGAUGAUGCCAGCCAGCAUGCUAACUGGAAAUGUUAUCAUAGAGACAAAGUUUUUUGACGACGAUCUUCUUGUAAGCACAUCCAGAGUGAGACUUUUCUACGUUUGAGAGAAGAAUAUGUGUGCAUUUCAAGAAUUCAUUUUUUUAGGGGGAAGGAGGAAAGUGUUUACUUUUUUCCUCUAUACAUUUGAUUUUUGACACUUCCACCCCUAAUUCCCUCUACGGCAAAAUCCACCUGCGGCCAACAGGGGACCAGCUCUGUGUAGGUAACCAGAUGGCUUUUUUCUCUCAAGCCACCAUCUUCGACUGACCAGAUUAAACUCCCAAUCCCAGACCAGGGCAGAGGGCACGCCUCAGCUCCUUCUUGGAGUAGACACGGGGACAAACACAUACCACAAGCUGUUCCCGUCACCCUCCCUGCCUCCUUCUUGGGCCCUGCAGGCAACACAUCUUCCUUUGGCCCCUGGUUUUGGAAAAAUUCAAGUUCCUGACCCACAUUUAGUUUUUUUCCUACCAUUUCUAUUUCAUACAUUCUCAUACAUUUAACUUGUAAAAUAGACUGUGAUAUUAUUGUUACAUAGUGAAUUAAAACAUAUAAAUUAGGGCCUUCCCUGGUGGCGCAGUGGUUGAGAGUCCGCCUGCUGAUGCAGGGGACACGGGUUCGAGCCCUGGUCUGGGAGGAUCCCGCAUGCCGUGGAGUAGCUAAGCCCAUGAGCCACAACUACUGAGCCGGCACGUCUGGAGCCUGUGCUCCACAACAAGAGAGGCCACGGCAGUGAGAGGCCUGCGCACCGCGAUGAAGAGUGGCCCCUGCUUGCCACAACUAGAGAAAGCCCUCGCACAGAGGCGAAGACCCAAUACAGCCAAAAAUAAAUAAAUAAAAAAAAUUUUAAAAAAAGCAUAUAAAUUAAAAUAUUCCUAUGUCUUUAGCAUGGCAUUGCUUUCAUCUCUCCUUUUUUUGGAAUGUGAACCUGGCUCCAUGAUGGGAAGAAAGACAUUUAAUAGAGCAGACCGUAGGAUCACAGCUAUAUUUUGCUCCAGAGAUCGACUGAUAGAUCUUGUGGUUCCUGAGCGCUUCAGUUGCUGCUUUCCAAGAAGGUACAACAUACCUGAACAAGACCCAUGACCUUGACAUUUGUCUUUUAGAUGUGAUAUUUCGUGGUUCUCUUCCACAACAUACAUGCACCCUCUGCUUGUUUGUACUGUUUUUAACUUUUUCCCUUCUUU